AUGAGGCUGGCUGUAAGGCUUUUGAAAAACAUACUCCUGAGCAAAGCAUUUAAUGGUUAUGAUUCAGUUGAAGUGGGCUGCCACAUGGGAAUCUAUGUUCUUAGAAAAGUGCUCAGGUACCCUAUCAACAAGAGUUGGAAAUCCCCAAAUUUGAGUCACUGUAAAACACAGUCCACUGCUAAAAGGACGUAUGAAGUAGGUGUGAGUGUGUCACAUUUGGCUUUUCUUAUGUUGAGGUUAGAUCAGCUACAUCUCCUAGUCUUGAAAGCAGCAGCCUUAUAUAGAAGGCGUCCUGCAGGGUCCAGUAGGGUAAUACUUUCUGGUCACCAGAACCAGGCAUACUGGGGUGAGUCUUGUGAGCUGGACCGGCCCCCAAAAGUUGCUAUCAGCUUGUCAUUUUGGUCUAGUCUAAACUUACCUAUCUUCUUCCAUCACUGGAAUACAUCCAUGAAGUCCUCAUACCCUAAAAUAUCACUGAGUCUCUUAAAGGCACCAAUAGAGAUUGAGCAAAGAAUAUAGGGAAUCAUGGAGAAACUAAACCAGCUAAUCCCACCCUGAGCUUUCAUGAACACCACCACCAAUGCCACACACAGCACAGCCACCAUCCUCCAGCCUCGAGACACCUACUGCAGGGGAGAUGACCUAGACAUCCUACUGGAGGAGAGGGAACACUUGAGACACAGGAAGGCAAUGAAGUGGUAUUUCCUGAGGGCUGGGAUGUCUUCCCCAUGUCUAAAAACAGGCACUUCAGGAAAGGUGAUAGACUUCAACAAUGGCACCCACCUGGUCAGCUUCACUCUGUUCUAGGAGGGCCAGGUCUCUAUCUUCCUGAUGACUCACCCCAGUGAAGGAGUAUCUGCUCUCUGGAGGGCAAGGAAUCAAGGCCAUGAGAUUAUUUCCAAAGGUGAAUUUGUUAGUGGCACCACGAUGUUUGCUGAAUGUGGCCUGACCCCAAACUCAAGUGCUAAGCUGUAUGCCUCUUCUACUCAAGGUCUGGUCAGACAUGUGAAAUGCCAAGUCAGAAUGAAGGCUCCUGUAUUUAAUGGUUAUACAUCAGAAGGAAGGUGGAUUACAACAUUUUGUAAGCAAAUUCAGUUAAAUAAUGAGAUAAAUGGCUAUUUGAAAGGAAAAUUGACUUACCUCCUGGGAGACUCUACACCGCACCAGUGGAUCAAAUACUUGCCCAAACUUGUAAAAACACUAAAUGUUUUUGAUCUUCAUAGAACUGGAAUUUUUAAGAAACAUUUGCUUCUGAAUGCAAACAGACACAUUUAGGUUUGGUGGGGGGAAAAAACAGUUACUCUUUUUUUUUUUUUUAACAGUUACUCUUUUGUCAGUCUUUAGCUCUACUCUGUGAUAGAUGAGGGUUAUAUCCCUCAGGAAAGGAUAUCAAGUGACAAAAAAGUGGCCAUUGUCAUCAUACCUGGCCAGCACUUCAGGCCCUUCCUCAUUGGCAUUUUCAUUCACAGGGCCAUUGGUGCCUGAAAAACUUCUCAACAACUGUUCCUAAGAAGCCUAGCCACUAAAGUGAUCUUUAAGACAGAAAACAUCAGGAAACACAGGUUUGGAAACUUCCAUGAUUACAUUCAAUAUCUUACCAUAUGGACAUUUUCAAAGAUUUCAGUGUGUAUUCUUGAUGCCUGGGACAUGACCAUUGUAUAUGGCACUAAUAGUGUCCACCCACAUGAUCAUGUAAUUGGAAAUCAGAUUAACAUGUUCUUAAACUACCUAUGCUAA